GUGCCUGCGCGCAACGUCAUUUGAAGCUUUGAAGCUUCCCUGUUUAGGUAGCCGGUACGUUACAAAGUAGCUGCUCAUGGACUUGAGCUUCGUCUCGCCUCGUCGUCACCCACAACGCUUCUGGCCCCUCAUUUCCUUACCCGGUCUCGAAACGGCGCAACACGCAAAGGCGAGCAUACGAGGUUACCCUUGCGCCUAUACUGCGACGAAGACCGCAGUCUGUCUCUGGAAUCGCAGUUGCGGCUUGCCAGGGCCCUACCGUCCAUCCGAGCCAGCUUACAAGGUCGACGGCGACGCCGCCUCCGCCGACAAAGACAACGCCGUGGCUGCCGAUGCCCGCCGUGCGCCGUUGACUAGCUCCCUGACCUAACCUCGGGCACCUGCACGAUGCCCAACAUAUCUCGCUGGAAGGCCAUUGACCGCGCCCUGGGUUUCGAGAGACAACCCGGAGUCGGCGGCAGCGGCCAUCAUCGCGACUGGCUUCACCAAGAGGAGCAAGCUUUGCUCCCGCAGCUUCGAAAUGAGCACCUGCAGACAAAUGUGCCGCCUGCCGAGGUCACCAAGGUGUGCCUCCGGCUGCGACAUUUGCUGCAGGAAUGCAUCCCUUGCGAAAUGGACGAGGCGCGCAUCACGACGCCGCACAGUCGCAUCGUCACGACCAAGGUCGUCAAGGCCGCCAAAGAGGCUGGUGGUGAGGAAUACAAAGGCUGCGUGGUCUACUGCUUGCUCGUCAAUGAGCGUUGGUUCAGACAUGAGGCUCUCGUCGAGCUUUGGGAUGCCGGCCUUCAUAAAUUACGAGCUGUGGCUUGUGGCGUUAUUGCAAAGGCCAUGUAUGGCCCUUUGCAUCUUGAUAUCGAACAGUCCUGAGGCUGACUUGCUGCAGCAUCGAGAACGAAGAGGACACAAACUACCUGUUGCAUGCUGUUCUCCUCCGACGGUACUCCUUCCUUUCCAAGGGCACUCCGACCAUGCCUGUCAAUGUCAUUGAAAAAGCCGUCGAUUUGCAUUCUGUCAAGGUCAUUGGCUCCUCGGGCUACCAGAAGUGCAUAGGCUACCUCUGGCGAGGCUGGCUUGUCCAGGAUGAAAACGAUCCCUCCGUCUUCGUCGAUUAUGCUGACAAGGACAACACCAAUUUUCUCGUCCAUAUGGACCCGGACCGCAUGAGGGCGCCGAGGUACCAGAACGCCGCUCAGCUGCUCUUCUCCGUCAUCUACCUCAUACUGUACACUUCUGCAAUCAAUUCGGUCAACCCACGCGGCGAACUGGACGCAGCGGAGGUGUUGAUGUAUAUUUUCACCCUUGGCUACGUUUGCGAUGAAUUGGUCAAGCUCUACAAAGCAGGAUACCAUAUACUAGGCUUUUGGAAUGCGCUGAAUGGCCUCUUAUACUCCUUUCUGACGGCAUCGCUGGUCAUACGCAUCAUUGGGCUAGCUGCACCAGCCGAUUCGGAUGAACGCGAACAUUAUAGCAAGCUGAGCUAUAAUAUGUUGUCCUUUGUCGCCCCCAUGUUCUGGUCGCGCCUCCUGCUAUACUUGGACAGCUUCAGGUUCUUUGGCGCCAUGCUCGUUGUCCUCAAGGUGAUGAUGAAGGAGUCGGUCAUUUUCUUUGCUCUGCUCGUUAUCAUCAUCAUUGGUUUUCUGCAGGCGUUUAUUGGUCUUGAUCUGGCCGACGACAACGUCGCCGAAGAUGCCUUAUUUAUAGUUGAGUCCAUGUUGAAGGCAAUCUUGCAGAGCCCAGAGUUCGAAGGGUUUGAGGGGUUCGGCCCCCCUUGGGGUAUCAUCCUCUACUAUUGCUUCACAUUUGUUGUCAUGAUUAUUCUGCUCAACAUUCUCAUCGCUCUCUACAACUCGGCUUACGAAGACAUCUACGAAAACGCCGACGACGAAUACCUUGCCCUAUUCUCUCAGAAGACGAUGCAAUUCGUGCGAGCUCCCGACGAGAAUGUGUACAUUGCCCCGCUCAACCUCUUCGAGAUUGUAAUAUCUGGUCUUUUCGAGUGGUGGAUGCAGAAGAAGACAUACGAGUUCAUCAACGACUGCGUCAUGGGCGUCUUGUAUUCGCCACUGCUGUUUGUCGCAGCCUGGUUUGAAACGCGUACGGCGCAUCGCAUCCGACACAAUCGUGCCCGAGGCGAAGAGGACGACGACGUGGUAGAGGAGUGGGAGCAUGAUGCGCACGAGCUCGACUUUGAGGCAGAGGGAUGGACCAAGAAAUGUGACGCUGUUAAGCCGAACUUGGAAGAAGAUCCUGCCGUGCUGGAGGUCAGGAAGUUGCGCGCCGAGGUGGAGGAGCUGAAGAGUCUGCUGGUUGAUAUGGGACGCAAUGUUGGGGCCAACAACGACGCGGCAAGGUCAAAGUCUGAGCCAUCCAGCAACCUUCACGAGUCUCAGCGCAGUGACGACACCAAGGUCCCCGAACCUGAACACAGUGACGAAAGAGCUUCUGGCUCUGGCUCUUGAGAAGGAAACAAGGAGUAAUUUAGCCCCGCCUGCUCACCGCAUAGUCACUUGCGGUCGCGCGCCAGAGCUUCUAUUUUGUCUAACGAUCUUGGCACUAGUAAAAGGACGUCUAAAUCGCCCGGCUGAGAAGAUGGCGUCCCUCUUACGACCCCUAGUUCAAUCUUGGUGCAUGCCGUGAGAGAAGGAGGCUCACGGCGACCCUUGCCUCAUCACUCAGGCCGCAGGAAAGUAGAUGCUAUGCAAUUGCAAGAGACUUGGUUAGCGCACAUGUAUAGUGUUCGGGGGAAAAUAGCAAGGCUCCUGUCUGGGUUCUCACUUAC